AUGGCAACUCUAUUUUGCCUUCUAACUUGUUUGCUUGGCGUCUCCAGCGACUUCGUGUCAAUUACGGUGGCAGUGGACCGCAGGCCAUAUUUGGACUUUAUGAAUCAGACAAUUGGAUCAACCGUGGAGUCACACUGUGGAAAUCAACGUUCGGUUUUCAAACUGGGUUCAAAUGCGGGUUGCAGUCUGCGCCGAUGGUUCUAUGAUCCCCGAACAAUGGAACUGAUGUGCGUAUGUAAAAUGGGAGACGUGAAGUACAAGGACACAAAGUUACUGCAAAUCGGCGAUUCACGAGCCAUUCUCGCAAUCCCGGAAGAUCAAUUUGUUGAGCGUGACAUUGUCGGCCAAGGCUCGUUCGCAUACGAAUUGGAAAUUUUGACGACUUCGGACCAUAACGAUACUUUACUUUCUCUGUUCCCCCACAAAAAAACAAAUGGUAUCGACUUGAUAUCCAAGAAAUGCGACUCAAUAGAAAACCAGACCUAUAUUGAAUUUUGUCACACAGUGCAUGGUAAUAGAGAGAUGGUUACGUGGGAUUAUCCAGAAAACUGGAUCGGACCGGUGCGAUAUCUCAGAAACAUGGCCUACGAUCCGAUUACGACUAUUGUCCAAGUUGCUGGAAUCUAUUGGCCGAAGAAGCAGUCUGGUAACAGCGCGCCGCUUCGUGAGUCUGCAUUGUUUUGA